AUGAAUUGUUCUGUUGAAUAUUUGGCUGAAGUUGAACAUUCUUCAACUUUUGUUUAUGUUUUCUUCCAAGCUCUUCAAACUAUUUUAUGUGUUUUGGCACCUUUGAUUUUUGUCUAUUGGGAACGAAGAUAUCGUCGAGUUUAUCUGCAUGCAAAUAUCAAAUGUUUGAUGAAUUUUUAUCGAUUUACAACUAUGAUGUAUUGUUUGUCAUUCAGCUCGAUUGAGGUAUACAUUUUGUCACAGUUUACCACAUUUUUUUCCAAAUCUGAGUAGAUGUGGUGAAAGUACUGUAGAUUUCGAAAAACCAAUAUUUUAGUAAUACAGCGUUUAUUUACAGUACUCAGCUGAUUGAUCUCUAGGAUAUCAGUUCACUCAUAAGAGUACCCUUUUUCAGAUCUAUCACCUCUUCUCCCGAUUCUAUCUUUCCGAUUGCAAUUUACUUGUCCCUGUUCGAAUUUGCAUUUGGUUUCGAGUUAUCCAAUCAUGGUCUACAGUAGGUAAGAGUCAACCCACAAUUAAUGAUUUUAUCACAUGUUCCCAAAGGAAAACCUAUAUUUUUCUAGUCUUCCAAUUGUUUUUCAUCGCAGUCGUCAUCGAAAUUGUUACUCGACAAAUUUUCAAAUCGUUGAAAGACACAAAGAUUGUUUCGAGAUGUCUUGGAGUAUUGAUUGUGAGGAAUUUGAAGCUUUUAGGGAAAACAAUUAGAAAAAUUGUAUUGUUUCAGUAUAUUGCGGGAUUUCGAGCAGUUUAUCCAUCAAUUCCAAUCGAUUUGAAAUCUGAUAGAUAUUUGUCGAAUUGUGCGAGUUUGGAAAAUAAAAAUCGAGAUGUUCUCGGAUCAAUUUUCAUUGUAGGUUUUCAAAUUUAAAAUAUUGUGACGUGGCAAUUCCUUAUUUUCCCAAAAUGAGAAAAAUGUUUUUAAUGUGCAACAAAUUUAGGACGUGAACUUUCCUUUUUUCAUUUUUUUCCGCGGGAAAUGAAAGAAUGCUAUUUUUAAUUUUUGAAAAAUUAGAAAAUCAUGCUAUAGUAGGUCACUCUAACUCAAAAACCCACAAAACUUGAUUUUUUCUGCAGUUCUACUUUGGAAUGGAUGUAACAUCUCUUCUAUGUUUCAUCUUCCUCAAAAUCUACAUGGAAUUCGCAUUUUCGAUGGAAAAGUGCAAAUAUAAUGUGAAUAAGCAAAUUGAAAGAACUGAAUUAAACCGAGCUUUUACAUUGAUGUUGCCUCAUGCAAUUUUGCACAUGUUAUGUUUUCUCUACGUUUCGCUCGUCUCGAUGUUUGUGUUUUCGCAUUUCGAAUCGUUAGGAAAUCCACAAAUUCAGUCUUUGCUUACAAAUGUGAGUUUGAAAAUUUUUUGUAGAUUCGGAGGGGUGAUAAAAAUGGGACAAAGUUCGGGUGAUUUUUAUAAUCAUCUAUCUUUGCAAAGCUUGAGAAUAUAGUUAUCAAUUUGAGAUUGAAAAAUUCAAUUCUUCUUAACAACGAAUGUCUUCUUAAAAUUUUCGUCGUUGUUCAAAUCGAAAAAUUCGAUCAUCAAUUCCAUCUUCGAAACUAUAAAAACUUUGCUCGCAACCAUUUUUUUCAAAGAAAAAUAAUGCUUCUCUGCAUUCUAGUUGUUCUGUUAUCUUUUUCUUCUUUCAAUUUCGCUGCUGAAAACGCAAAUGAAAUUGCUCAAAAUAUUCUCAAAACAAUCGAAGAAUCAACAAAAAACAAAAACAAUACAUUGCUUUUCUCAAUAUUCGAUAACUCUUUGCAAAUUUCGCUGUGUGAUCAGAAAAUCAAUUUCACCGAAUUCAAAGAUCACGAUCAUGCACAUCCUUUUCAAGUCAGAACUGCGAAAAUAGAAAGUUCGAAACUGAAUCCAGCUGGAAACGUAGAGGCAGUCAUUUCGUUAGAAGAUCCAAAAACAAAGAAAAAAGUAACAUUGAAUUUCACCGCGAAAAAAGUUGGAAGCAUUUACAAGUUAAUCGAUUUGAGUUUCAAAGAUGUUUUGAAUUGCAAAGAAAUUCUGGCAGAUCAUGGACAUGGAAAUCAAAAGCUUCCACUUCCACCAAUUUUGCCAGCAAUGUUAAUUGGUGUCGCCAUUUUUAAUGGUGCACUUUGGCUUUUGAGACAAGCUAUUUAUGGUUAAGAUUAUAUGUAUUUGUGUUAAAAUGAAUUCAGUUUGCUAGAUUUUCAGAUUUUACCCAUGAACUUGGAAUUUUCCCCAUAAAAAUCUCCCACCUUUUUUGUUUUUUGAAAAAUCUCCCAGCUAUAAAUAUAUCAUCCACAUUCCAAAUAUUCACUUUUUUCCAGGCAAUUCCAUUCUAUGUUUUCUUUUCUCCAAUUGUUUGGUGCCUUGUUCUCAAUACCCAACUUCAAAAAGUCGAUAUUCGUCAAGUCGAAAAAGAGCGCGAUAUUUACUUCGGUGAACUUGCAAAACAAUGGGGUUCAAAAACAGCUUAUUCAUUUCCCUCAUCCUCAGAAUCCUCCAAAAAACCAUCAUUUUUCGAAUUGAAAUGUUCGCGCAACACCAAAAAAUAUUGA